GGCGACUAUUUAGGUCUAAAAACACCGAAGAACCCUAAAGAGCCUGUGAAUGGAGCGGCGAGGGAAGCGGCCGCGCUCCGCCUACCGCGAUGAGGAGGCCCAGCCCUCAUCAUAUGUUAGUCGGCACCACAAGGAGCAGAGAGCUAACUAUAACGGGUUCCAUAGCGAUACUCUUGCUGCUUCGCCUCCCUGGCGUGAAGAUGACAAGGAUGGUCACUACGUUUUUGAGCUGGGAGAGAACAUUACACCUCGCUACAAAGUCAUCAGCAAGAUGGGUGAAGGUACUUUUGGUCGCGUUUUGGAAUGCUGGGACCGGAAGUAUCAGGAGUUUGUGGCCGUUAAAGUUAUAAGAAACGUCCCAAAAUACAGAGAAGCCGCUCUGAUUGAAAUCGACGUUCUAAGAGCACUUCGAAAGCAUGACAAGAAUGGCAAACGUGGCUGUCUUCAGAUGAAAGAGUGGUUCGAUUACCGGAAUCACGUCUGCAUCGUGUCGGAAAAGCUUGGACCGAGCCUGUACGAUUUCCUGAAAAAGAAUAGCUACCGGCCAUUCUCGAUAGAACAUGUCCGUGAUAUUGGCUGGCAGCUUUUGAAUUCUGUAGCAUGUAUGCCGCGUUUGAUGUUUUCGUUUAUAGCUCCCGUGUUAUUGAUGCACUGUUGUUUGCUUCCUGUUUUAAUAGACUUACAUGAGCUAUCUUUGAUUCAUACUGAUUUAAAACCGGAGAAUAUACUGCUGGUCUCUUCGGCAUACGUGAAGACACUCGACUACAAGUCUGCUCGACCGGAUAAACACUUAACCAGGACACCGACAUCAGCUGAAAUAAGGCUGAUAGAUUUUGGGAGUGCGACGUUUGAAAACCAGCACCACUCGUCCAUAGUGUCUACAAGGCAAUAUAGAGCACCCGAGAUCAUCCUGGGCCUUGGAUGGUCGUACGCGUGUGAUUUGUGGAGCGUUGGUUGCAUCUUAGUGGAGCUUUUCUCGGGAGAUCCACUGUUUCAGACUCACGAAAAUCUCGAGCACCUGGCAAUGAUGGAAAGAAUUCUCGGUCCCAUUUCCAGACGCAUAAUCGAUAACGUAGAUAGAAAAGCUCAGAAGUACUUCAAAAACGGGAGGGAACUAAACUGGCCCGAUGCAGCCUCUUCUCUCGAGAGUAUCCGGACAGUGAAAAGGUUACCACGGCUCAAGGAGCUUGUUCAACUGCAUGUCGAGCACUCUGCCAGUUCCUUGACAGACUUGCUCGAGGGUCUCCUUAGAUAUGGAGCCUCCGAUCGGCUGACAGCGAAAGAAGCUCUAAGACACCCGUUCUUCAAGGAGCGAAGAUAAGCUUUGGUUCGCUGGACGAGCUGCUUCUUCACGAGAGGCUGAAGUCCGCUCCUAUGGGAAGAUGAUCGCUGGGGUGGAAAUGGUUUGGGAGGCCUCCCUUGACGUCUGGAGCAUC